AUGGGAGUCGGAAACAAACGGACGCUCACGAAAACAAGGCGCAAGACGCGUGAUGUGGAUCAAAUCAUAUCUGAUCUUCGAUCCGCGAAGCACCUAACGCAAUAUAAGAGCACGAAGCUUUCUCAGGAUCUUCCUGGGCUUGGCAAAAACUACUGCGUCGCCUGUUCUAGGUGGUUUGAUGCCCCUUCAACUUUAACGGCCCACGAGCGAGGAAAGCCGCACAAGCGAAGGUAG